ACAGCGGAUAGGAUAAGGCCAUAACAGAGACGCCGUUGUGCGGGAGACACAGAACGAAGUGAAGAGCAGCGGCGCAAAGGGAGCCAUGCUCGCCUCGCCGGCGCUCACCGGCGCCCACUCCUUUGCGGCGUCCGUGUCCGGCAACCUCCUCGUCACCUUGCCUUCCGUACCCGCGCCUGCCCGUCGCGCGGCGCUGUCCGUCGUCGCCAAGGUCAAGGUGUCCACGCCCCAGGACGACCGCAUCGCCCGCCAUGCCCGCCUCCGCAAGAAGGUAAGUGGCACCACGGAGAGGCCGAGGUUGAGUGUUUUCCGCUCAAACAAGCAUUUGUAUGCUCAAGUCAUUGACGAUACAAAGCAGUGCACUCUGGCUUCAGCUUCAACCAUGCACAAAACUCUCUCCAAGGAAUUGGAAUACUCAGCUGGGCCAACAAUUGAAAUAGCACAAAAGAUCGGUGAGGUGAUUGCCAAGUCUUGUUUGGAGAAAGGGAUCACCAAAGUUGUCUUCGACCGUGGCGGUUUCCUCUACCAUGGCCGCAUCAAAGCUCUUGCUGAUUCUGCUAGAGAGCACGGGCUUGAAUUCUGAAUCGUCCAAAUGUUUGUUCAUAUCUCCAGGAUCACCUGUAAUCUUCUCUUUUCUCUCCAUGUGUCGAACAGAGUUCUUUUGUAGUCAUUCGCCUUGUUCUGCAGGGUGCAGAGAUGGCCACUCUUUGAUCAUGCCACGUUUUUUUGUAAUAGUCUUGUGUUCUCAUGCUUCUCUACUUGAUGUUAUCCAUUGCCCGCCGUCUGUACUCUGGUGCACAUCAUAUAUAAGUACGAUAGAAUGAUACCCUUCGCCUUGCUCU